AUGGCGCUAUCCAGAUCUUUGCCGGACCAAACCUGGAGCCUGGUACCUCGCGAUCCUAUGACGCCUACCUCCUCCUCCUCCUCCAACUCCCAGGAUGGGGAGAACUCUGGGAGCCCAGUAGUCUCAGGCGGGCUCCCCUUGGAAAAAGUUAAGCGGCCCAUGAAUGCGUUCAUGGUGUGGAGCUCUGCUCAACGCCGCCAGAUGGCGCAGCAGAACCCAAAGAUGCACAACUCCGAGAUCUCCAAGCGCCUGGGUGCGCAGUGGAAGCUGCUGGGGGAGGAAGAGAAGCGGCCCUUCGUGGAAGAAGCAAAGCGACUCCGGGCUCUGCACCUCCGUGACUACCCUGACUACAAGUACCGGCCUCGGCGCAAGACCAAGAGCUCAAACACUGGGCCGACCCACCUUGGCCAGGGAAGUGCUGGGGUGGCUGGUGGCAGGCGAAUCUGGGGGUCUGGGUACCCGACAACCCAGGGAAGCAGAGGCUUUGGGUACCAGCCCCCCAACUAUACAACAACCUACCUGCCUAGCAGUUAUGGUUCUCGCUGUAAACCGGAGGCUCCUUCGCAGUGCUCCUUCCCUCCGAGUAACCCCCGGCUCCAGGGGGAGCUGCUUCCCCCUUAUAGUACCUACCUGACCCCAACCUCUCCCACUCCUUACAAUUCUCCACUCUCGGGGGCUCCCCUGCCCCUAACCCACCUUUAACCUUCAUGGACAUGGACCGCUGAGGCAAGUAAGGCUCUCGCCUUUUUCACCCAGAAACACACUUCCUCUCCCAGCGUUCAAGCCUUUCUUUGGACCUGUGUUGCACCCAAGUUCAGAGGAAGCCCGUGGGUCGGCCCAGGGAAACACUUUUGUAGACCGAACAGAGUUCUGUGCCAUUAAACCAUGUACUAAGC